AUGCUGAGCUCACAUUUAUUUCUCAUUAGCAUCGCGGCGCUGACAUUGCUAAUACUUCUCGGCCGUGCGUUGGCAUAUGGUCGGAGUAAACGCCUUCCACCUGGUCCGCCAGGAUGGCCGAUCGUCGGGAACAUCCUAGAUAUGCCAGUUGUAUACCCAUGGAAGACCUUCACUGCGUGGGGUGAGCAAUGGGGAGAUAUAAUAUAUAUCAAGCUUUUUGGACAGUCGAUGCUCAUACUGAACAACUCUGGCGUUGCAUCCGAGCUUUUGGACAAACGUAGCAACCUCUACUCAGAUCGCCCGCACAUGACAAUGUCGGGAGAAUUGAUGGGUUGGAAGCGGACUGCCGGUUUUCAAUCCCUCGGACCAAGACUCCGGGGGAUGCGUCGCCUGAUGUCGACUGCAAUUGGUAGUUAUGCACACAUACGCGAUCUCUCACAUCAUAUCGAAGACGAGGUUCAAUAUUUUUUGGCCCGCCUACUGCAACAUCCUGAAUCGCUGACACAGCAAAUCCGAAGAACUACCGGUUCCAUUAUUCUGAAGAUCGCAUAUGGCUAUCAGGUAGAAGCCGAUGAUGACAAGUUACUCGGCACUGUUGAGCGAGCAAUGGAAGAAUUUACGGUUUUGGCCAAGCUGGCUACCAGGGGCUGGGUGGAAAAGAAAGGCCCGCAUUCUACUGGAACUGUUACCUCAAGCUUCACGUCGACACUGCUGGAAGCGAAACCUGACUCCCACGGAGAGCUGUUGAUAAAGGACGCAGCGGCUUCUCUCUAUGGUGCUGGUGUCGAUACCACCCACUCUUCGGUGUACACAUUCUUCCUCGCGAUGACCUGCUUCCCAGAAGUCCAAAGGAAAGCUCAAAGGGAGCUCGAUUCCGUGGUCGGUCGUAACAGACUGCCUGUCCUUGCAGACAGGGAUCAUCUGCCAUACAUUCAUGCAUUGUGCCUGGAGGUCUUGCGAUGGCAGUCGGCGGUACCACUGGGACUACCUCGUCGCCUGAACAGGGACGACGUGUACGCCGGGUAUUUCAUACCUAAGGGUACUGUCAUAAUUCCCAACAUCUGGUCAUUGGCAACUCUGAACAUCGCAAAAGUCAAGAGGGGCAAUACUGUCAUAGAUCCUAUCAUCAAUUAUACGCCAGGAGCCAUCAGGCAAGUGAUCUGA